UCAGCUCAGUGGAAGCGAGCAGCGUGGAUAGAGGACACCGCAGACUGGGCUCUUUUUCUCUCGAUAUCGUUCAUGGAAUAAAAAAAAUGUUUAAAGUUUUUUUUGUUUUUUUACCCGGAUCAAAACUCUUAACAGGAGUUUAAAUGAAGUGUUUUAACCCAAAUUCCUCCUGUUAGGACAGCUCACUGGCUUCCAGCUGAGGAGUCAACAUGAAAAGUUUGCUCUUUGUCACCUUGUGUCUGUCAACCUGUCCGCUCACGGUUGACGGCCGACAUCCAACCUGUAACUUCCUGCUGGAGGUGGAGAGAGACCAGGCCGAGUGCAUAAAGAAGCUGAGGGAGAAGCAGGCCAACAGCAGCUAUAAAGGCCUCGGAUGCAAAGGAGACUGGGACAGCAUAGCAUGCUGGGAGCGAGCGGAGUUUGGAGAGACCGUGACCAUCCCCUGCCCUCGAGUCCUCAGGACUGUGUUUGGCAGAGAUGGUAACAUUAGCAGAAACUGUACAACAGCUGGAUGGUCUGAUGUUUUCCCAAACAUAACCAGUGUGUGUGGGGCAGACACGAGCCAGGAUAAGCUGGUCUUCUACGUGGUCGUGCAGACGUUGUACACUCUGGGUCACAGUCUGUCUUUAAUUGCCCUCACUACAGGGUGCGCUAUCCUCUGCCUAUUCAGGAAGCUCCACUGCACCAGAAACUACAUCCACCUCAAUCUCUUCGUCUCCUUCAUUCUGAGAGCCGUGGCGGUGUUGGUGAAAGACGACAUCCUCUUCAACCGAAACUCGCACUGCUCAAACCAGCCAUCACUGGUGGGAUGUAAAGCCAGCCUGGUGUUUUUCCAGUAUUUCAUUAUGGCCAACUUCUUCUGGCUGCUGGUGGAGGGUUUGUACCUCCACACUCUGCUGGUUGUCAUUUUCUCGGAAAAUCGACACUUUAUUGUCUACAUGUUCAUCGGCUGGGGAAUCCCCACUGUGUUUGUGUCUGCGUGGGUGAUAACGAGGAUUUAUCUGGAAGACACGGGGUGCUGGGAAACAAAUGACCAACCCAUACCCAACUGGGUGAUCAACGGACCAAUUGGAUUCUCCAUUAUGGUAAACUUCAUUCAGUUCAUCUGCAUCAUUCGGAUCUUGGUUCAGAAGCUGAGGUGUCCUGACGUGGGCGGCAAUGACCAAUCACAGUACAGGAGGCUGGCCAAAUCCACACUCCUGCUGAUUCCUUUGUUUGGCAUCCACUAUGUGGUCUUCGUGACUCUCAGUGAAUCCAUCGCAGAAGAUUAUAAAAUAUUUUUUGACCUUGCCCUUGGAUCUUUUCAGGGUCUGGUCGUGGCCAUUCUCUACUGUUUCCUGAACAGUGAGGUUCAAGGUGAGCUAAAAAGAAAAUGGCGGAGCAUGUGUCUGAACUGUCGUCUGAGCAGGAAUCGCCACAACAACACCUUCGCCUCCAGAAACGGUUCACAGCACAUGGUGCAGUUUCACAACAACUCCAGAACCCAGUCCAUUCUGCAGACAGAGACCUCGGUGCUGUGAGAACACGAGGUCUUUGACACACAAACAAACAUACAAAAACACAAAAAAAUGCAGUCUUAAGAUUGACCUGGGUCCAAUAGUUUUACAAAGUUAUUAGGAAAAUACAAAAAAAGUAGUACUUUGAGAUGAAGUACCACAAGGGUGGGACCUGCACAUCAUUGUAGUGCAGAUUUUGGUUUUAGCUUUACAAAUCUCUGCAAGCCUUCAAGUUUCUCAUUAGUGGAUCAAAAACUUUUCAGAUCUGUCCAGUGAGGUUUACUGUGUUUGCUGCUAAGAGCCUUUUUUUUUUUUUUUGCAGUCUUUAUGCUAUGAUGUCUGCUGCGUGAGCAGAGAAAAACAUGUGCAACGUCCUUAUACUGUUUUACCUGGAGCUUUGUGCACAGAUGAGAUAUAAAAUGUAUAUACUUGAAUGUUGCAUGCAUUGAAAUCUAUAUUUUUGAACAAACAUACGUGUAAUAGAAACAGCAGGAUCUAGGUGCUGCAGACUUUAAAUUGGCACUUGCAAAAAGUGCAAAAAACCCCCCCCAAAAAAACAGAACCAUUUUUGCCGUCUUUAACAGAAAGGAAAACAGGUGAUUGUUUCAGUAUACAAAUCUUUAUAUAACUGCUGCCUGCUGUGCGAUUUAACACCGCUGGUAAUACUGUACUGCAGUCUUACCAGCUGUCAUUUUGGAGCCAUGCUGUAAAAUAUAAUAGAUUGGCUAUGGGAAACCUUGCAAUACUUUUUUGUUUGAUACUGACCUAAAAUUCAUGGUAGCCGUGUCAGGAUUUAGUUUCCAGAACGUGCAUCCUGUAUGCAAUAACGCAGCAAAAUGGCAGUCCUGUCAUUAAAUCCUUUUCUAUGUGCCUCCUGUGUUCUCCCAGCCUUAUCACAGGUGUCUGUGUGAGUUUGUUCCUCACCCUGUUUCAGUUUAAUCUUUUUUAAUUUCCUAUUCUCAUUAUUGUCUUGAUUGAGUCCAUCUGUUCCCUCUCCAUGGUGUUUGUCUUAGAAAAACAGACUCUUAGCCUCCAAAUGUUCUCCUGUUGUUUGGUGCUCCUGGCUGGCUGUCACUCUGUAAAGCACCUUAAGUUAUCAAAUUCCUGAUUAAAGCCUCUUGUGUUUCGCCACCCUCCUGUCAGUUGCUGUUGUGUUUGCAUACUGGGUCCUCAUGGGAAUAUUUCCAAAAAUCUGUGAGAAAUGCUGGUGUCCAAACCCAACUUUAACACAGCAUUUGCUUCCAGUACCAAGUCAUUGUUGUUGCCUUUUUACCACAGCUGUCUCCAAACCCAAAUUUGGGCAUAUGUUAUCCGUUUUGGAGACCAUGGGUAGUACAUUUA